AAUUAGCCCCUAAAUUUAGCAUGUGUUCAUGCAUGCAUGAUGAUUAAGUUGGAAACGAUGAUGUUCAAAUUAGCCCCUAAUUUCUAGUAUGCUUAACAAGAGUAACGCAAGUACGCUCAAUUCAGGGCUGAGGUGAGCUCAACUAGAUUGAUCCAACAUAUCAACUUUAUCAAAUUGAUCGGUUUCUGUUGUGAAGGUGAUGAGAGGCUACUUGUGUAUGAACACAUGGUAAAUGGUUCUCUUGAUGCCCAUCUAUUUCAGAGCAAGGCUACUAUUCUGAAUUGGACCACCAGGUAUAACCUAGCCAUAGGAGUUGCUAGAGGAUUGUCCUACUUGCAUCAUAGCUGCAACGAAUGCAUCAUACAUUGUGAUAUUAAGCCAGAAAACAUACUUCUGGAUGUAUCGUUUGCUCCUAAAAUUGCAGACUUUGGGAUGGCAGCAUUUGUAGGAAGAAAUUUUAGCCGAGUUUUGACUACAUUCAGAGGCACAGUAGGAUAUCUUGCUCCAGAGUGGAUUAGUGGAGUUGCUAUUACACCAAAAGUUGAUGUUUAUAGCUUUGGUAUGAUAUUGUUGAAAAUCUUAUCAGGAAGAAGGAAUUCACAUAAAGUACAUACUGAUGACAAUAGUGAUCAAGUUGUUUUUUUCCCUGUGCAAGCCAUUAGCAAGCUUCAUGAAGGAGAUGUCCGGAGUUUGGUAGACCCGCAGUUAAAUGGUGACUUCAGUAUAUUAGAGGCUGAAAGAGUUUGCAAAGUUGCAUGUUGGUGCAUACAAGAGAAUGAGUUUGAUCGGCCAACAAUGAAUGAAGUGGUCCGGGUUCUCGAGGGUUUACAGGAGCUUGAUAUGCCUCCUAUGCCACGGCUUACUUGCAGCUUUAACAGAAUACUCUGUUGUGGCUUACUUUGAUGAUGUUUCAUAAGUACUUCCUAGUUGAUGUAAAUAGUAUUUGUCUUAGAAAAUUUUGAGGUUCUAACAUGAGUGGAAGAAAAGGAAUGUAAGCUGGGUAUUGCUAAAUUGUAAUGCAUUUUUUCAAUAACCAAUUGUGGUAAGCAGGCAUUACAGCAAAGAUUUGGCAGAAAUAGAGAUACAUGACCGAUGC